UGUCCUCUCAAUUUAUGAGAGCAAGUGUAUUUUUAGCUCUUCCUUCCAACUCUUUCACACUUUCUCUCCUCCACUGUUUCUUUGGUGGAGUCUAUAGCCAUGGGCAGUGGCAUGGACGGGUCUCUGUGGUCAGUGCUGCUGCUGCUCCCGGUCUUGGGGCUCUCUGAGGCUAUGCCCGCCAGCUGGAUUCCAGGAGACUAUCUGGGCACCAAAGAUGAUGCACUGAUGUUCCUAAGCGACUACAACAGCACCGCCGAGGAGGUGUUAUUCAACAGCGUCUCUGCCAGCUGGAACUACAACACCAACAUCACGGACCACAACUCCAAGCUGCAGAUAAAUGCAUCUCUCGAAGAGCAGGAGUUUUCCUCAGCAUGGGGGUUGAAGGCCAAGAAGGUCUUCUCUGAUGUGUUUCUAGACACUCUCCCUAAUCCUUCAGACAAGAUCCUGAUGAAAAAGAUCAAGAUACUGGGAGUUGCCAACCUGCCCCAGAAAGACAGGGAGGAGUAUAAUACAAUUCUCAGCACCAUGGACAAUAUUUAUUCAACGGCUAAGGUGCAUCCAGAACCGAACAUAAGCUGGAGCCUGGAACCAGAGCUCACGGAUAUCAUGGCCAGCUCGAGGAGCUACAAGAGACUGCUGUUCGUGUGGGAGGCGUGGCACAACGCGUCGGGUGUACCUCUCAGGGAGCACUACCCUCGCUUCGUGGAGCUCAGCAACAACGCGUCUCAAGCUGAUGGGUUUGCUGACACUGGAGCUGACUGGCGCUCUUGGUAUGAGACUGUGACCUUUGAGCAGGAUAUGGAGGCCCUCUACAGGACCAUUGAACCCCUCUACCAGAACCUGCAUGCCUUUGUGCGCCGCAAGCUCUACAACCAGUACGGUUCCAAGUACAUCAACCUUAAAGGACCCAUCCCUGCCCAUCUGCUAGGAAAUAUGUGGGCUCAGACCUGGAACAAUAUUUAUGAUAUGAUGAUCCCAUUUCCUGAUAAACCCAACUUGGAUGUGACUGAUGAAAUGGUCAAACAAGGCUAUAACGCCACGCACAUGUUUCGCGUGGCCGAGGACUUCUUCACGUCUCUGAAUCUAGAGAAGAUGCCGGAUGAGUUCUGGGAGGGAUCCAUGCUGGUGAAGCCCGAAGGUCGCGAGGUGGUGUGCCACGCGUCCGCCUGGGACUUUUACAACCGCAGAGACUUCAGGAUCAAGCAGUGCACUGCAGUAACGAUGGAGCAGCUCUUUACCGUUCACCACGAGAUGGGCCACGUCCAAUAUUACCUGCAGUACAAGGACCAGCCUGUGGGCUUCCGCCGCGGAGCCAACCCCGGUUUCCACGAGGCUAUCGGCGAUGUUUUGUCUCUCUCCGUCUCCACACCCAAGCAUCUGCAUUCCAUUAAACUUCUGGAAACGGGGACCUCUGACGCUGAAACUGAUACCAACUACCUGUUAAAGAUGGCCCUGGAGAAGAUAGCCUUCCUUCCAUUUGGCUACCUCAUCGACCAGUGGAGAUGGGGUGUGUUCAAGGGGAACACACCACCAGAGCGGUACAACGCUGAGUGGUGGUACCUCAGGACUAAAUAUCAAGGUAUCUGCCCGCCCACCGGACGUACAGAGGAGCAUUUUGAUGCUGGAGCCAAGUACCACAUCCCUGGAAACACGCCAUACAUCAGGUAUUUUGUCAGUUUCAUCCUGCAGUUCCAGCUUCACGAGAAGCUGUGCGCGGCAGCCAAUCACACGGGUCCCUUGCACACAUGCGACAUCGUCAGCUCCGCAGAAGCUGGGAUCAUUUUAAAGAAGAUUCUCCAGUCUGGCUCCUCUAAACCUUGGCCUGAUGUGCUUGAGGAGGCUAUAGGGACCAGAAAGAUGGAUGCAUCCUCACUGAUGAAAUACUUUGAUCCAAUUAUUAAGUGGCUGGAAAAGCAAAAUGUGAAUGAGACAUUGGGAUGGCCUGACUUUAACUGGGUCCCGCCCAUCCCUGAAGGCUACCCCGAAGAUAUCGACAAGAACACAGACGAGCUGGAGGCAAAGAAAUUUCUGGACGAAUACAACAGCACAGCUGAGGGGGUGUGGAACGCCUACACCGAGGCCUCCUGGAUGUACAACACAGACAUCACCGAAGCCAAUAAGCAGAACAUGCUUGAGAAGAACCUGCUGAUGUCGGCCCACACCCUGAAGUACGGCCAGAAGGCCCGUCAGUAUGACACCACGGACUUCCAGGACGACUCAGUCAAACGCAUCAUGAAUAAACUCAGCGACAUCGAGAGGGCGGCACUGACCAUGCCGCAACUGGAAGAGUACAACACUCUCCUCUCCAACAUGGAGACCAAGUACAGUGUGGCCGAGGUGUGCAGAGAUAAUGGGGCAUGCCUUCCACUGGAUCCAGAUCUCCAGAAGAUCAUGGCGAAGUCCAGGGAUUACGACGAACUGUUGUUUGCUUGGAAAGGAUGGAGAGAUUCUGCGGGCAAAGUGCUCCGCCAGGAUUACAAGAGAUAUGUUGAACUGGCCAACACGGCUGCCAAACUCAAUGGUCACUCGGACAAUGGGGCUUUCUGGCGCUCCCUGUAUGAAACCCCGAGUUUCGAGGAAGACCUGGAGGCUCUGUGGAAGGAGCUGGAACCGCUCUAUCAGAAUGUGCAUGCGUAUGUCCGUAGGGCUCUGUACAAAAAGUAUGGCUCUGAGCGCAUCAACCUGAAGGGACCCAUUCCUGCUCAUUUGCUGGGCAACAUGUGGGCACAGACGUGGUCUGGCAUAAUGGAUCUGGCCAUGCCGUACCCAGAUGCCACGCAGGUGGACGCCACCCCUGCUAUGGUUUCACAGGGCUGGAACGCCAUCAGAAUGUUCCAGGAAUCGGACAAGUUUUUCACCUCUCUGGGUCUGCUGCCAAUGCCACAAGAGUUCUGGAACAAAUCCAUGCUGGAGAAGCCGUCUGACGGACGCCAGGUGGUGUGCCACGCCUCUGCGUGGGACUUCUAUAACCGAAAAGACUUCAGGAUCAAACAGUGCACCGUUGUGACUAUGGAUGACCUGAUCACGGCUCAUCACGAGAUGGGCCACGUCCAGUACUUCCUGCAGUACAAAGACCGGCCCGUGUCCUUCCGCGACGGAGCCAACCCCGGCUUCCACGAGGCCAUCGGCGAUGUGUUAUCCCUGUCAGUGUCCACGCCCAAACAUCUGCAGAGCAUCGGCCUCCUGGACAAAGUAGAGAACAACUAUGAGAGUGAAAUCAACUUCCUGAUGAGCAUGGCGCUCGACAAGAUCGCCUUCCUGCCUUUUGGUUACCUGAUGGAUCAGUGGAGAUGGAAGGUCUUUGACGGGCGCAUCCCAUCGACUGAGUACAAUAAAGAAUGGUGGAACCUCAGAAUGAAGUACCAGGGACUGUGUCCACCUGUAACCCGCACGGAGGAGGACUUCGACGCAGGUGCAAAGUUCCACAUCCCCGCUAAUGUGCCAUACGUGAGGUACUUCGUCAGCUUCGUCAUCCAGUUCCAGUUCCACCAGGCUCUGUGUAAAGCCGCCAAACAUGAUGGGCCUCUACACACCUGCGAUAUCUACAAGUCUGAAGAAGCUGGGAAGCUUCUCGGUGACGUGAUGAAGCUCGGCUUCAGCAAGCCCUGGCCCGAGGCUAUGGCCAUGAUCACCGGCGAGCCCAAAAUGGAUGCCCGGCCCCUCAUGGAUUAUUUCCAACCUCUCAUUAAAUGGCUGGAGGACGAAAACAACAAGAACAAUGAUGUCCGAGGCUGGCCCGACUACGACUGGAAACCUUCAACAGGUGAAGCUAAGGCGAGUAGUACAGUAGACUUCCUGGGCUUAAGUGUGGACGGCGCAUCGGCCAUCGCCGGCCAGUGGGUGCUGUUGGUCCUUGGUGUGGUCCUCUUAGUGGCCACCAUUCUAUUGGCCUAUAAGUACCGGAGGUCAAAAAAGCCUGAAAGGUCCUUAUCCACGAUGGAGCUCAAGCAAAAAGACUAGUCGCCAAUGACGGCUAACGGUAGCUAGCACCUUUACCGACCUCAUCAUGAACAUCCGUGUUUCCGUGCUGUAUUGUACAUCUGAUCAAAUUUGCUAUUCUUUUCGGUCCGCCUCCGUAUCUAGCCUUGUAUAUUUACAGAUUCUCAGUCAAAUUAUAUUUUUGCCUAUGCAAAAGAACAUCACAGUUUUGUAAUUUAUUUUAAAUAUGUAAUGUUUAGAGAAUUUAAUGUUUUAAAUUAAUGUUUUAAAAUUGUAUCUCUUGUUGUUAAAUCUGCAUUUCUACAAUAAAAACAUUAAAUAUC